AUGCACCAAAACAUUGCCUCAGCUUUAGUUCCAUCAACAUGUCUAUCCAAAGUCUUCCUUCCAGUUACAAAUGACCAUAUCGCUCCAGAAACCAUAAAAGACAAGAGAGAAGAAUCAACGACAGAAAAUAAUGUUGCUGCUAAAGGAAAAGGUCAUCAAUUAAUGAUUCGAGCCGGUCUUAUAAGGCAGUCAUCAUCGGGCGUCUAUUCUUUGUUACCUUUUGCAUUACGUUCUCUAGAAAAAAUUGAAAAGAUCAUAGAUCAGGAAAUGAGAAACAUUGGCGCACAGAAGUUAUCACUUCCAGUUUUAUUGAGUGCCAAUAUGUGGAAGAAGACAGGGAGGUGGAAUACUACCGGAAGUGAGUUAUUUAAGCUUAAGGAUCGUAAGGCUUCUGACUUUUGUCUAGCUCCAACGCAUGAAGAAGAAAUUACACAACUGAUUGCAAGUGACGUUUUUUCUUAUAGACAACUUCCAUUACGAUUAUAUCAAACGGGUAAAAAAUUUCGUGACGAAAUGCGACCACGUGCAGGUUUACUUCGUGGACGAGAAUUUAUUAUGAAAGAUUUAUAUACAUUUGACGUUACUGAAGAAGCAGCAUUAAAAACCUAUGAGGAAGUUAAUGAGGCAUAUAAAAAGAUAUUUACUCGAAUUGGGUUACCGUUCGUUAUCGCUGAAGCUGACACUGGCAAUAUCGGUGGAACAAAAUCACAUGAAUUUCAUUUUUUGUCACCUGCCGGAGAAGAUUUGAUUUUAUCAUGCAUUCGAUGUGGAUAUACGUCUAAUGAAGAAUGUGUUCAUAAGAUACAUAAUAGAGAUAUUCACAACGUCAAAGUCAAUGAUGGAUGCCCUGUUUGUUAUAAAAAUUCCAUUACAUCACACGAUUCAGUUAAUUUUCAUCCACUUACAAGUAAUCGUGCAAUAGAAGUUGGACAUACAUUUCUUUUAGGAACAAAGUAUUCGGAACCACUAAAAGCUACAUUUGCACCUGAAAAUCCACGAUAUAAAGGGGAAUUAUUAUCAAUCCAAAUGGGAUGUUAUGGUAUAGGUAUUUCACGAAUAAUCGCUGCAGUUGUCGAAUCGUCACAUGACUCAAAAGGAAUAAUAUGGCCAUCAUCAAUCGCGCCAUACCGUGUGUGUAUCAUUCCAAGUGGAGAUGAGCCAGAGAUUACAAAAAAAACUCGGUCUUUAUAUGAUUUUCUAACUUCUGAAUGUGAUGGAUUGAAUGAGGAAGUCUUGAUUGAUGAUCGUAUGAAUUUAUCAUUUGGAUAUCGCAUGAAAGAUGCUGAACUUCUUGGAUAUCCUUGGUUAAUGAUCAUAGGGAAAAAAUUCCUGGAAAGUGAAAAGAUUGAAAUACAUGAAAGACAUAAUAAUCAACGAAGUUAUUUAGGAUUUGAUGAAAUAAAAAAAUCUUUUUGUUGGUCAUAA